AUGGCCGCGGCCACCGCUGAGCAGACGAAUUUGAUGAUGGAGCAACUCACUCAGUCGGUUGCGGCCCAGAUCCAGCAAGCCCCCGGGGAGGUGCGGAACUUACAUCCGAAGUUCGACCGCAGCGUGAACGAGAUCGACCAGUCGCAAGCGGGCCUCCACAGGCAGAUGCACGGGUCUCGUGCGGGCAGCUCCUGGGCGGCCUCGAGUGCCGCUUCCAUCCUUGGCUUCUCUCGUGUACCAUGUGAUGGUGGAGUGAAACUUUGUCGUGAUGAGGCCAAACCCAUUGACCCGUGCAAGCGCCUCAUCUGCAUAGUUCCUUUCACUAUAUUAGAUGUUGGUCCUCGUGCUGCUGCUACUGCCGACAUCGAGCUCGGAGCCGACGGGUUCCAGGACUUGAUAAACUUGUAUUGCGACGAUGGGGUAUGGAAGUUAACCUCGAUCAGAGUCGAUCAGACCAGCGGCUUCCGCUCCGACCCCAACAAAGACGACCCCAGACGUGAGGCGGAGGCGGGCGAGCCGACGACGCGGCAGCCCGCGGCGGAGCGCUGCCGCGGGGCGCCGGCCGCGUGCCUCGGGGGGGCGUCCCCGAGCGCCGCCAGGUCUCGAGGCAAGGCACCGCCGAUCGAGGUCUCCGAUCAAGGUCGAGGUCCAUCGAGGUCCUCCAUCGAGGCCGCCGAGGUCACGCGAAAAAAGACUCCGGUCGAGGCGUUUUCCGACCGAGGCCCCGACAUGGGCUCGUCGCCAACAGACGGCGGGUGCCCUCGCGCCAUUGUGGUCCCCUGGAUCAUGGCGGAUACACCCGGCGCGCGGACUGCCGCACAGAGGGCUCGGCUCCCCGGGCUUGUCCAGGCCGUGGGGAGCCGGCUCGUGGCGGAGGCGCCCGCAGUGCUGGCGCCGCAGCGCAGCCAGAAGAGGCCGCCCGAGCGUGCGGCCCGAGCGCGCGCGGCGCCCGAUCGCCCGAGGGCCGCCGCGGGGCGGCUAGGCCCAUUCCUCGAUGCAUGGGCGCCUCCCGGCGGCCGGGAGGUCUCCCGGCUGCCCUCGGUGCUCGACUUCGUGGACCUGAGCCCCUCGUCGGCGUGGCCGGUGGGGGCGCCCGCGACAGCGGCCGAAGGCGAGGCCGAGGGGUUCGGGCUCUGCUGGGCGUGGUCCCGGGCCGAGGUGCUCCCGGGCUCUCAGCACAGGAACAGCGGUAUCCGAACCGUCUGGCCUCGCCAGAAGAAGGCUGGUGCACUCGCCAGCGAGCAGCGGGAGAUCAAGGGCCGCGGCUUUGCCGGUGGUGUCGACAGUGCGCAGAAGGUGUCGACACCUUCAGUGAAGGAGACGGCGGAGCAGACGGCGAAGGAGGCGGAGCUGCGCUCGGAGCUCGAGGACCUGAGGGAGAGGCACGAGGCGCUCAACGCAGAGGGCGAGGCGCUGCGUUCCGAGGUGCGGGCCCUGACGUCCUGGCCGGACAGGGCCAGGGAGAAGGAGGCCGAGCUGCAGGAGCUCAUGAACAGGCACGAGGCCCUGGCGGCCGAGGCCCGGGGGCUGCGGUGCGAGGCCGAGGGCCUGCGGGCGAAGGCGGCGCAGAUCCAGGACCUCACGGAAAAGAACCGGGCGCUGGGAUCCGAGGCCGAGGGGAUGCGCGAGGAGAUCGAGGACCUGCGCGCCGGCAGCAAGGAGCUGGAGGCGACCAAGUGGGAGCUCAUCGACAAGAACGACGGCCUCGAGGCGGAGGUGAAGCAGCUGCACUCCAAGAUCGACCUCCUCGAGGCGAGCCACGCCGACGAGGCGGAGAGCUGGGAGCGCACCGUCGAGGGCCUGAGGACGGAGUCCAAGGACCUGAGGACGAGGGUGGAGGGCCUUGAGACCGAGAACAGGAGCCUGUCCGACAAGCUCGAGACCUUCCAGAAGAGGCAGUCGAGCGCGUCAAAGGGGCGCGUGAAGAUAGCAGAUGAGCCUGACAGCGACAUGUUCAAUAUCGUGAACAUGCCUCGCUUCGAGAAGGAGAAGCUGAUCGACGUCUCGCACAUGAGGGAAGUCCUGCUCGAGCUCCUGCCAAAGCACGACAUCAAGCCGGGCGGCGAGGCGGCCUGGCCCGCCGAGGUGCAGCAGAUCCUCGCCGAGCUCUGGAGCCUGCACAACCUGGACCCGUGGCCCAGCGUGCCGGCCGCCGUGCUGAGCACGAAGUACCACGAGGUCAAGCAAGCCCGUAACCGCCGAGAAUUCAAAGGGUUGGACGUCGACGAGCUAGCGGAUUUCGCCUUCAUGAUGUACGAGUACCUCUCGAAGUCAAUGCACGCAGAGACGAGGAAGAGGGCCAAGUCGAGGGGAACGCUGAUCUCAUUCGGCGGCUUUCCGGCCAGUGACCUCGCUGAGGUUCGGAGGCGUUCUGGCCAGAUGUCUUGA